GUGUGGACAGAUGGUGGACCAGAACUCAUGAUCAUAAUACUGCAACUUCCUUUACUAACAAAACUGGUCGAGCAGGUGUCGCCAUUGAAUUCAGAUCUGCGUUGCUGGGACGCGCCCUCACUUCCGAGUGUCUGUGGGCUUUUAUGGUAAAUAACAAUAUCAUCAGGGGGCUUGUGUGUGUGUUGCCAAUGCCAAGAGAAUACGGUGAAAGGAGUUCAGAUGGCGCAGAUCCUGCAUGCUUUAAAGCAGUUAGUUUGACCUCCUAAUAAAUGUGGCAAGAAAUUAAUAAACCCAAAAUGGCAACUGAAAAAGGUGCUUCCCGAGUGCUGACGUUGUUGGGUCAGCUAGAAAGACUGAAUGAAGAUCCCAAAGCCUCUGAUACUGAUGCCACCCGACAGAUCACAGGCAAAAUCCUUCAUCUCAUCCAGACUCAAGAGAAGACCCGUAAGGAGAUGGUGUCUAAAGGCUCCAGCGGGAUGGAGGUCAUUCUCUCUUUUCUUGAGAACACACGGGAUUUGCAGACCACCAUGAACAUCCUCAGUAUUUUAAAUGAACUGUUGACCGUGGGUGGAGGCCGUAGGACUGGAGUGUUUGUGUCUAAGGGAGGAACAGCAAUUCUGCUGCAGCUGCUGGUGAGCUCCAGCAAAGACAUUCCUCUGAAUGAAGAACUAAUGCUGCACGUUCACUCUCUUCUGGUUAAAGUCGGCCCUAAAGACAGGAAGUUUGGUGUGAAAGCACGUCUGAACGGGGCACUGAAUGUGACGGUGAAUCUAGUGAAACGCAAUCUGCAGAACCACAAGCUGCUGUUGCCAUGCGUACAGGUGCUGCGGGUCUACUCCGGCAACUUGGUAAAUGCAGUAUCUCUGGGAAAGAGUGGCGCUUUGGAGCUCAUGUUUGAAAUCAUUGGACCCUUCAGCAAAAAGAACACCACUUUGCUCAAGGCGGCCCUGGACACACUAGCAGCAUUACUGAAGUCCAAAAUGAAUGCCCGGCGGGCAUUGGACAGAGGCUAUAUGUCGACUGUACUCACCAUCUACCAGGACUGGCACCGUAACGACAAGCGACAUCGUCACAUGAUCAUUCGCAAGAGUAUUCUGGGAUGUAUUAAAAACUUCACAAACAUAAAGCUUGGAAGGAAGGCCUUCAUAGACGCCAACGGCAUGAGGAUCCUUUAUAACGCAUCCACUGAGUGCCUGCCUGUCCGGACACUUGAUCCACUGGUCAAUACCUCCAGCCUUAUUAUGAGGAAGUGCUUUCCCAAGAACCGCCUACCACUGCCUACUAUUAAAAGUGUUUAUCAGCACGCAUUACCACACAUACCAGCUGGGGGACCAGUCGCACAGCUUUACAGCCAGCCUCCAGGAGUGGAUGAUGUUGUUGACGAGAGUGAUGAGAAUGAAGCCACAGAGGUUGACACAGAAAAUGACACGGAAAAUGAGGAUGAUGAAACUGAUCACAAAACCCAGAAUGAUGACAUAGAGACAGAUAUCAACAAAUUACUUCCCAGACAGAUGCAGACACGUCCGUUUGAUGAGCUGAGAGUCUACGAGCGUUUCUGUCUUGAAUUCACACGUGAUUUUGAGGAUAAUGACUUUGAAAGCCAUGGAUCUGUCAUGCCUCCAACAAGCGUUGAGCCAGAUCUUCAUUGCCCCCUCAUCAUUCCCACCAUGCUUGCGUCUAUCAGCCCUCAAAAUAGUCACCCACAGAACAUUCAGCCACCACGGUCAAAUCACUCUCCUUUGGAGCUGGACAGCAUCUCCAUAUCAAAAACCCUAGAGUGCAAACACAAUCCUGAUCUGGUGUGUAGUUUGGGUCUGCUGGUUCUGGAUGGUGGGGUCUCUGUGAACGGAGGGUCUGGGGGUGGGCCACAGGAGGAGACCCGGGAUCAGGCAGAGAUUGAGGUGCCAGAUACAGCUGCACUGCUGCCGUUACACGACCCUGAUCUCUACUUGGAGAUGGUGAAGGGCACCCGCUCAGUGCCCGCAUACACAGAGGUGGCAUACCCUGAUUACUUUGGCCACGUGGCACUUAACCUUCAUGAGCCCAUUCUAGAGAGGGUUAAUGGCGUGCAGAGCAGAACGAAGAUCUUCCAGGACAUUGAGAGACUCAUUCACCCCAGUGAUAUCCUCGAUAAAGUCGUGUAUGACUUAGAUAUGAGUUGUCCAAUUCUUGACAACGGGGAGUCCCUCAAGUUCAACUCUAAAUUUGAGUCUGGAAACCUACGCAAAGCAAUACAAGUCCGAAAGUGUGAGUAUGACUUGAUCCUGAACUCUGAUAUCAACAGCAAUCACUAUCACCAGUGGUUUUAUUUUGAAGUGGGCAGUAUGCGCCCGGGAGUUCGUUAUCGGUUCAACAUCAUCAACUGUGAGAAGUCCAACAGCCAAUUCAAUUAUGGUAUGCAGGUGCUGAUGUAUUCAGUACAGGAAGCCAUCAGCGGCAGUCCCCAAUGGGUUAGAACUGGAUCAGACAUCUGCUACUACAAAAAUCAUUUCUCACGAAGCUCCAUUGCGGCCGGAGGUCAAAGGGGCAAAUCCUACUUCACCAUGACCUUUACCGUGACUUUUCAGCAUAAAGAUGAUGUUUGCUACUUCGCCUACCAUUACCCAUACACUUACUCAAUGCUGAAGAUGCACUUGCAGAAGUUGAGUGCUCUGCGUACUGCUGAGAUCUACUAUAGACAGGAUGAGCUGUGUGAAACACUGGGAGGAAACAGCUGCCCUCUGCUCACCAUCACAGCCAUGCCGGAGUCCAGGAGCAACGAGCACAUCAGCCAGUUCAGGAGUCGUCCGGUGGUGUUUCUCUCAUCGCGGGUUCAUCCAGGUGAGACUAACUCCAGCUGGGUGAUGAAGGGUUCUCUGGAGUUCCUCAUGAGCUGCAGUCCUCAAGCUCAGCAUCUGAGAGAGAGCUACAUCUUCAAGAUCAUCCCCAUGCUCAACCCUGAUGGAGUCAUCAACGGCAAUCAUCGUUGUUCUCUGAGUGGGGAGGAUCUGAACAGACAGUGGCAGAACCCUAAUGAAGGGCUGCACCCUACAAUCUAUCACGCCAAGAGUCUCCUUCAGUAUCUUAGAGCUACAGGAAGAACUCCACUGGUGUUCUGUGAUUAUCACGGUCAUUCACGGAAGAAGAAUGUGUUUAUGUACGGCUGUAGUAUAAAGGAAACUGUGUGGCAGACCAAUGUCAACACCAGCAACUGUGACAUACAUGAGGACCUGGGAUACAGGACUCUGCCUAAGCUAUUGUCUCUCAUGGCUCCUGCGUUCAGUCUGUCCAGCUGCAGUUUUGUAGUGGAACGAUCCAAAGAGGCCACGGCUCGUGUGGUGGUGUGGAGAGAGAUCGGUGUCCAGCGCAGUUACACUAUGGAGAGCACCCUCUGUGGCUUUGACCAGGGCAAAUACAAGGGUCUCCAAAUUGGCACGAAAGAACUGGAGGAGAUGGGAGCUCAAUUUUGCGUGGGUCUGCUCAGGCUAAGAGGCUUCACGGACCCCUUAGAACUCCACAACUCGCACCUGGAGGACAUUGAGAACGACCUGGUAGACCCAUGCAGCAUACCAAACAUCACCAGUAGCACCACACACUUGUUGGAGGAGGACGAGCCAGUGUUCCUGGAGGAAGUCGACUACAGUGCAGAAAGCAAUGAUGAGAACGAACCUGAUCUCCAGGAUAACCAUGUCCUGCCAGACCCCAGCUCUGACUCGGAGCUCAGCCGCCAAGACUCUCUUACCUGAAACUGCACCAGGCUGAUAUUAGUCCUUAGGGCUGUAGCCAAACUUGCCUCUUAAUCCAACACUCAGCGGUUGUUUGCCUGUUACACAUUACCUGUGUUUGCCUACUUUAUAAAAUCCUAUUUAAACUUCUUUGUUUGCAAGAUUUACCUGAAUCAGAAUAACCAAACCUCAAGAUCAGCUUCAUGACAGCAAACCAAAACAAAUGCACCUCAAAACAUCUUGCAGAAGAUCCUUAAGUACAUUUCAGAACAUGGCACAAAUAGUUGCUUUAAGAGUUGUAGCUCAGUAACAUUAUGUAUAAAUCUAUAUAGAACAAGAUUGAAAUAUUAUACGAUCUUAAAUAAUAAUACUAACUUAAAAGUAAUAGUCAUUGUUUAUUCACUCUCAUGCAGUUCCAUGAGAAAAUGAUGAAAAUGUUUUCAUUUGUGUGUGAACUAAACCUUUAACCUCUUAACCGGCAGACCCACCUGAGGGACGGAGUGGACAUGGCUGUUAUAGGGUUAACCCUGAACUAUAAAGGGUUAACUAUGGUUAACCUUAUAGUAGUUGUGUCCACUUGGUCCCUCGGGUGGGUCUGCCAGUUAAGAGGUUAAGAAAAUCGUAAAUGUAAUAGUCCCAAUAAUAAGAAGUUGGAGUGAGGUGUUAAUUGUGUUUAUGACAAAUUGUAAAUGCUUUUUUAAUGAUGGCACUAUAUUAGGUAAGAUCAUUACCAUUUUAUAAAUAUCCAUGUUUAAUUAAUGCCAUAUUGAGAUAUUCCUAACAAAAGAUUAAUACUGAUACAACUCGACUUAUAGGUCUUACAACAAACUCCAUCAAAGCUGCACGCCACCUAAACGCCUCAGUGUACAACGAUGCAAUCUAAUGAAUGUAACCACUCUUAUUCACACAAGAACGCUCACCUGCGCACUUCCUGUGGAGUCCUGAUGGGGUCACCGUUCGGUCGCAGUCUAAGACCACUAAUGUUCGUGUGUACUGUAUGUGCGCAGCACUUUUGUGGCUGCAUUUGCUUUUUUUUAAUUUGGAGAGCUUGUAUAUUUUAAUUUGGAUGUCUAUUUCUUUCUUUGUUGCAUAGUGUAUGACCUUUGGAAGUUACCUCUUAAUUUAUUUUGUUAGUUUUAUUUCGGAGAUUGCUGAGGUAAAACUUGAGUGUGUGUGUGUGUGUGCGCGUGCUUGUGUGCGUGCGCGCGUGUGUGUGUGUGUGUUUAUACUAUAUUGUAGUCACCUACCUUAUGGUGCCCAGCCAGCGGUCCCCACGAGGAAAAUGGCUUAUUAAACAUACUAAACUAUGUUUUUUGGAAAAUGUAAAAAUGCAAAAAAAGUUUCUGUUAGGUUUAGGGGUAGGGUUAGGGGAAUAUAAAUUAUCAUUAGAUCUGUUUAAAAUCCAUAAAAUGCAUGGAAGUCUAUGGAGAGUCCCCACAAUGAUAUAAAAACAAGUUUGUUUGAUGUCAGCAGAGGGGAAUGGUACUAAAUGUGCAUAUGAGAUGCGAAAAACACAUAUGAGUACAUUUGGUUUUGUUGCAGUGUUUGUCAAUCUUUGAUGGGAAAUGUGGUUAAUAAACACUUA